GUGACUGUAGGUGUGGAGCUGAUUGGUUAAUCACGCGACUAGACUUACAACUGCAACUGUACAGUAAAUACAGGGAAUAGUUUUUGGACCGACUAGAUUUCAGAAGAAAAAAUUCCCGAAAUACUGGAAAAUAGAACCUGGUGAAAAACAAGCAGUUAUAGUAAGUGUUCAGGUUGGACCUGAAAAGUCUUGACUAGCCCCAGGCGGUUUUUAUAUGUUUGUUUGCCCGUUUGAAUGUGGACUAACCCAAUCGGCCGUAUUUCGUGUUCCCCUGGAAUCUGAACCUUCCAGUUUGUGUAUUGGUUUGUAAAAUACCAAAGAAGUUGGUCUUCCAUACAACAAUCAUGUCGAAUCCGCGAAAAUUUUCGGAGAAAAUAGCGCUGCACAAUCAAAAGCAGGCUGAAGAAACAGCAGCUUUUGAGAGGAUUAUGCAAGAAGUGUCAGUGACCAGAGUCAUAGGAAUGCAGCCACCACGAAUGACAUCUGCUCAUCUCAGUCCCCACCCCCAAGCAUACCUGCGCUCAUAUUUAGGUGGAUCUUUACCCAAUGUAAAUCAAAUUGCUGCCAAUCCCCAAAUUGAGCUCCAUCACCAGGGUGGUUUUGAUGAUGGUAAACAUGCAAUGAGACAUCCAGGUCGAUUUGAUUCUCGUAUGCGCCCCUACACUCACAGACGGAAUGUAAUGCCAUUUGAAAUGAACAACAGGCACAGAAUAUCUCAUUUUGAAGGAAACCCAGCUCAAUAUGCUGGUCCUUUCCUAUCCCCACCACCCGAAUCCAGUUGGAGAAGUUUUGCUCUGUCCAGAACGAACUCUGACUCAGCGUUGCAUCAAAGUGUGAUGAACCCAAACCAGCAAGAUCCUUUCAACUCGGCAAACAACCAAAUGAACCACCAACCUCAUCGUGAAUUCAAUGAGAACAGCUUUUACAAUCUGCCUCCUUCCUAUAAAACGAUGCUUGAAAAUAAGAAGUUGGAGCAGCAGUUACAUUCAGCUAACAGACCUAAGUCAUGUGAGGCACCCACAAUGAACAUGCUGUCAAGUGGUGAGCCAUCCAUUCAUGGACCACCUGAUGGACACGGCAAUCAGAUCCCCAUUAUACCAGUCUCUGUAUCUCCUUCUCUCUCUCAUGUUACUCAGAUAGGAAACAACACUGGUUCGCUUCCAGAUUUGACGAACCUACACAUCCCAUCACCGCUGUCUAACCCCAUAGACUAUGAUGAAGCUCAUCAGCAUCAAACGAGUCAGAACAACGUUCAUCCUCCUGUAUAUAACCAAGCUAGAAGCACUGGGAACCUGCCAGCUGCCUCAGCCAUCUCGCCCCACUUAGGAGGUAUACCCCGUGGUCCUGCCAGCCCCAGUAGAUCAAGGAGGCACACCCACAAUGGCCCCAGCCCCCUUAGUCUUGGGUCUCCUGAACAUGCAAGAAGGAUCAAGUACCCCAAAGUAUCCUCACCAAAAAUGGGUACAUCUGAGAUAAAAAGCCCCCCGAGAGUGGGUAACUGCGCUUACCCCUACCCCACACCCCAAGGAACUCAUCCAGGCCACCAUAAUCCUACUGAUUCAAGGGGUUGGCCUUUACCUAGCCCUGAUCAUCCUGGCAGUCCAUCCCAUGUUCAAUCAAUGUCACCACGUGGUGUUGCCCUCAACCAACAGGGCCAACAAGGGAACAUUCACCAACGCCAUCUCUCCCAACAACAUGGAGGAUCACAACAACUUCAAAUAGAUGUGAGUGCAGCAUCCAAGGUGGGCCAACCACACCUCUCAAGGGUUGUACAUGGCACCGCCAUUACCAGUCCCCUUACUUCGCCCACUUCUCCAACCUCUCAAUGCAGUCAAGCUAGUUUCUCACCUGUCACCUCUCCACGGCAUGAGUUUACGACCGGCAGUAACCCCGCACUCUCUGAAGCUUACUACAGGAACGAUAUGACGAUGCAGCCGCUUCAGCACCAGUUUGAACACUUCCACGUCGUUAACGACGCCGGUAACAACCCGCAACAUCAAGGCAUACCACCUCCAGGUUACAGUGGGCUAAGUGCACUCGUGGAAACUUCAUCUGACGGAAGCUACGAGAUUCCACACGGCAACAGUGGAUCCGUUUCAUCGCGGCAUGGAAGCCAAAACAACGCCCCAGCAAAGCACCAACAACCAAACAACAUCAACAGAAUACCAGACAUCGUAUUUACUGGGGUAGAUGAACACCAGUCAAAGAUGGGGUUACUUUCGGGCAGUGAUUACCCCAUCACCCCCGGUAUGUUCUCGCACGAGUUGGGUUCCGAGUAUUUUCCCGGCGAUGAACUCAAAGUCAAUCUUGGUCUUGAGGAGCUGCAGAUGUUGGAGGAUUCCCACAUCACUGAUCCCGUGAUGGAACAACUCGACAGUCUGUGACGUCACUAUCCUCCUGGAGUCACGUGACUGCCGAAUCUUUCGCGCGACGUCCGCGACAAGACAACAGCCAUUCUCCCGACUGCAAGCUGUAGACCACGGUUCGCAACGUUCAACUAACCCUCGUUCGUGGCCUCGAACCGCCACCAAAACAGUUAACAGCAUCUCCAUCUUAUAAUACAGCUAACUAACUUCCGUCGUUGUGUUGUCUGUCCAUAUGUUCCAUUACCGCUGCUCUUGCGACAAAAAGUCGUUUUAAUUUUCUCACCAGUUGUCACGCACGUUACACCUCAAUCGCAAAUGAGGUAUUUGGUCGUAGUAGAAGCGCCGUUGCUGCACAUCGCUAACGAUUUGUAUCCGUAUUGUAACCAAAUCCAUUAACUAGCACAAGCAGCACCGGAGUUUUUUACACAAAGUUGUUUCUCAACAGUUAGUCCUAAAAAUGGCGGCGAACGUGUAAAUAUAUUUUACAGAACAGCAGUUUCUUCUUAUUUUCUUGCAAACCUAAUUUGCAGUGACGAUUUUAGCGGUGAUUUUUAUGCGGCUCCUUUUUAAGACGUUUUAUUUAUAUACAGCGCUUUUAUGACUCGAGGACUAAUUCGUACGUGUAUAUUUUCUAAUCGCAACAUCUUUUUUAGUUUUCACGCGUUUCUUAUUCAGUAUGUUUUUCUAAACCAUCGUCCGUGGUAAUCCCGUGUUCAGUGCCAUCUCCUACGAAGGUGUGUUCAUCACUGCGUCUUUUUCGUUCCUCCUCACAUGUUGCCUUUUACUGAGCGCCAGAAGCGGAUAUUCAAAAGUUUGCUCCCGAUCAUUUUGCUUCGAAUUUUAACUAAAAUCUUCCGCGCUGUCGCUUUUAAAAGACUACUGACUUAUGAAACGGGGUUAACUGCUUUCCACUGCCAAACGGACGCCACUGACCCGUUAUAACCUCUGUACAUAGUAACACUUCUUCGCUUCGUAGGUAGAUCUCCCAAACCUUAAUUGCUCACAGUUCUGGUCGGUCAAUUUCCCAUGCAAUUUAAAACAUACGCACACGGCUAUCUAGAACGCCCGCGGACACUGAUUCGUUAGGUUUUUGGCGCUCGUGCGCUUCAAAACAUUGAGAUUACGGCCGCGUGUUACAUCAGUAUUACUUUACUGUAUGGCAAUACCGACCGUGUUCACUGGAACUCUUCGUAUUUUUUACACGAACACCCUAUUCCAGACACUUGUGUGUAUGUGUGUGUCAUGUUUUUAGAUCACUAUAUUUUUGCACCUGUUACAGUUUACUAAAAUUCCUUCAUUCUCUGGCCUUUUAAUCAAUGAUGACAUGUCACUAGUAAAAACUUGUGUUCCAUGCCUCUUACGCAUUAACGCUUUGCGUUUUCGCACACUGAACGACAUUGUACAUUCUUAUACUUGCUUCUACCAUCGUUUUUUUCAUUGCCACAAUAAAAAAAUACUGUGUAAA